AUGACAUACUUGUGGCUGCUGAUACUGUGCUCCAUCGUAGCGGUCGUUCGAACGGCUCCUGACGCGGUUUCCCGUAAACUUGUGUUGUCCAAUGACGACGGAUGGGCCGCUUUGACGAUUCGCGAGCAGUUUGACGCCCUGACGAAAGCUGGCUUCGACGUGAUCCUGUCUGCCCCUGCGCUGGAUAAGUCGGGCACGGGAUCGUCCAGCGCGACGGCGACCGUAGUUGCCAAUGGAUGCGAAUAUGAUACCUGCCCAUCCGGCUCUCCGCCCACUGGUUUCAACGCUUCGAAUCCACAUUUGAACUAUGUAAACGCUUUCCCGGCGGACGCAGUUCGCUUUGGUAUACAAACGCUCGCUCCCGAGUUUUUCGACUCGGAGCCCGAUUUCGUGGUUUCAGGGCCAAAUGUCGGCAAUAAUUUGGGUUCUACCGUCUUAAUCGCCGGGACUGUCGGAGCCUCGACAGAGGCCGCCAAAGAGGGCGUCCCCAGCGUCGCGUUCUCGGCCGCCAACUGCUCACAGGUGUCCGACUUCAAGUUCGUCUUUUCCCGAAUUUUCGUCAAUGAGAGCCAGACGGACGUCGAGCACUGCGGGAGCGAUCACUUGCCUGACGAGACGACGGUUGUGGCCGCGAGCGGCGGAUGCUUUGCCAGUGUGAGUGUGAUGAACGCAACGACGAAGGGUGAUGUGGAUGCCACCACACAGCGGUUUGUUCUUGACAAGCUUGAUGGCCUCCUGAGCUGUCUACCUUGA